AGCCUGUCACCUCCCAUCCGUCGAGCUGUCACUUGACAGCAGCACACAUGAACAUCUAUGCUGCUAAGUCGGAGUUGACCACCCGUUGACAUUACGUCGUAUUGUCCUCUCCUUUGAAACAGGAAAGAACUUGACAGUAUGCAUCCCUGUCAUGUUUACUGACUAACUACCAACGCGUAGGAGGAGGGCUGAGCCGCUUGCUACUUGUAAGCAACUGGGUAAUACCAAUAGUUAGCUUGCAGGCUAAUGAUAGCGAGCUGGUUAGCGGAGUUCGGAACUGCUUUGUGCCGUCAUCUGGCGAAUGAGGGUCGGAGAGACUAAUGUUAUCAGGUCGUAUAGAGCGAACAGUUAGCAGUUCAGUACCAUCCACAUGUCAUUUUAAUAUUUUUAUUCGGGCUUAUCAUAGAUUAUUUAUCAAUUGCUACGGGGCUUCGGGCUUUUUCUGUUGUCAGCGUUUCUUACUUUUACGAAAUUUAUCAUAGGUAUUUGCUAGCUAGCAAGCUAAUCGGCUAUGCUAAUGCCAGCUCAGUGAGAGCUCACGUCGCAGGGGUGCGGAGAGCUCCAUACGAGUCAAGGCAGGAAGAUUGGUGAUGUGGGCAGGGGGAAGCGAAAGACUGUUAGAUGAAGCAGAACAACAUCGUUAGCUUUAACUAAUAUUUUCUGGCAUUAUUUCUUAAGCUAGGGCCGUAUUUUCAGCCAUACUGUGUGGGACGUUAAAGGACAUAAAGAACUCGGCCACUUAGGUUUUGGUGCUUGGCUAAAUGAAUAGUAUUUGUAUUACUGAAUCGUGAGCUGUUGGCCACCGUGCCAGCUUCAAGAGAGGACACUGUCAGGAUCAUCGCAAGGUCUGCAGUAACCAGCCAGAUUGUAUAAAUAUGGCAUCGGCAAGCAGCAUUGCCGCGUCUAUCGCAAGCAAAACGAAGACCAAGAAAAAACACUUCGUUGCUCAGAAAGUGAAGCUCUUCCGUGCCAGCGACCCUCUGCUCAGCGUGCUUAUGUGGGGAGUCAACCACUCGAUAAAUGAGUUAAGCCAUGUUCAGAUUCCCAUCAUGCUUAUGCCAGAUGACUUCAAGGCCUAUUCAAAGAUUAAAGUGGACAACCAUCUCUUUAACAAGGAGAACAUGCCCAGCCAUUUCAAGUUCAAGGAGUACUGCCCUCUGGUUUUCCGAAACCUUAGGGAGAGGUUCGGAAUUGACGAUCAGGAUUUCUCGAACUCUCUGACACGCAGUGCUCCAUUGAACAGUGAAGCCCAGGGACGCAGUGGCGCCCGCUUUCAUACCUCUUACGACAAGCGCUAUGUCAUCAAGACCAUCAGCAGUGAGGAUGUGGCCGAGAUGCAUAACAUCUUGAAGAAAUACCAUCAGUUCAUUGUGGAGUGCCAUGGCAACACACUGCUGCCUCAGUUUCUGGGGAUGUACCGGCUCACGGUGGAUGGAGAUGAGACCUACAUGAUUGUUACACGCAAUGUCUUCUCUCACCGCCUUUCUGUCUACAAAAAGUAUGAUCUCAAGGGGUCCACUGUGGCAAGAGAGGCCAGCGACAAGGAGAAGCAGCCACCCCAACCAGAGGAUGUGCCCCCGCGGCCCAAAUCUGGUAACGUUCAGCAAAGGCUGCAAACACUGCGGAUUGCCACGCGCUUUUACUGCGCCAUGAAACACGUAAGAGAUGCCAAGGAGCUGCCCACCUACAAGGACAAUGACUUCAUUAAUGAUGGGCAGAAGAUCUACAUCAAUGAGGAGAACAAGAAAAUGUUCCUGGAGAAGCUUAGGAAAGAUGUGGAGUUCCUGGCCCAGCUGAAGCUCAUGGACUACAGCCUGCUGGUGGGGAUCCAUGAUGUUGAGCGGGCUGAGCAAGAGGAGGUAGAGAGCGAAGACAACGAAGCAGAAGAGGAGGGUGAGAGCGACGGAGGGGGUAUUGGGACACCCCCCGACAGUCCCAGCAACACCCUCGACAGCACCAAGCCUCUGUCACCUGGAGAGUUUGAUCCCACUAUCGAUGUCUAUGCCAUCAAAAGCAACGAUAGUGCUCCACGGAAGGAAGUAUAUUUCAUGGCUGUCAUAGACAUCCUGCAGCAUUAUGAUGCCAAGAAGAAAGCUGCCCACGCUGCCAAAACCGUCAAGCAUGGGGCCGGAGCAGAGAUUUCCACGGUGAACCCAGAGCAGUAUUCCAAGAGGUUUUAUGAUUUCAUCACCACCAUCCUGUCAUAGCCUCCAGGAGCAACGUGGGGGGCACAGAGGCACAUGGGAAAGGGAGGGCAAGUGGAGAGUAGGGUGGAGAAGAGAAGUGAUGGAGAGGAAAACAACGGAGAGGUUGAAUUAAUAAGGUGCUGUGGUGGCUUUGUGUCGCUCUCCCUCAUCCAUCCUGGUCAUCUCCUCUCUCUUUCAGUGGGGUGCCACACUCUGCAGCUAAACAAAACAUUGUUCGUUUACAUUUAACUUCUCUCUUGAGUUCUGUUCAUGUUACUUUAAGGUUUUUCAAAGCAAAUGUCCAAGUCAUUACAUUUUUUUUUCAUACAGAUUUUUGUUAAUCGGUAUUAAUGUGGGAAUUGGUUUUGGGGUUAUUUGUGUGUGUGUUUGUUUUUUUAGUUUUUCAUUAACCCCAUUCCAACAUUCAGCCCCUGCAUUGUUUUGUUUUUUUUCCAUUAUAUGUUUUUAUUUCUCAUUUUACUCAUGAUGUAUUUUGGGAGAUUAGAGAAGGUUGUGAAGUGUAUUUAGAGCGAGGACAAGCCAAACGAAGAGGUCGGAUUACAUCACAAAGGUCCUUCUUGCAACGACAAUGCUUGAGAAAGAAACGAAGAGGAAGUUUGUGUUGAGCCUUGCCUAAUGCAAUUGCUUCAUUUCAGGAAGUAGGAAGCAGUCUUCCAAAUAUUAUACAAGUAUUCAGCCAAACCAAUCUUCCCAUUUUGGGUUCUUCUUCUAUCUUACACCUUCCACACGUUUCCCUUUCCCAUCUGCGUACGCCUGUUCAGAGCUUCUGGGUUAUUCUCCUUCCAUGACACACCUUAUUGGCUAAGUUAUGCUUGUUUACACCUCCGUGUCUCAGUGUUUUGUCUUUGUGAUGCACAGUGAUUUGGAAUGAUAAAGGGAGGGAUGCGUCUCUUUAAGAUGAUAAGAGGGAUUUGGGUGCACAACGUCUUUCCUGUUGUUCACUCUGAAAAUGUUGUUGGGUUUUGGUUCCUGCAGAGAAUGGCCCAGAAGUCAUGUUUGACUCCUUACUGUGAUAUCUUCACACGGUUUUGUCAAAGUGAAACAUCAACAGCCCUUAAGUUUCUGUUGCCAAGAGCACCUUAUGAGAAAAUCUAAACUGUUGCACUUUCAUUUGUUCUUAAGAGCUAUUGUGUUACAUUUGCAGCAACAAAGAAGAAGCGAAGCUUGACUCUUUAGAAUUGAAUUGUAGAAGCCUGAUCUCAUAUUCUGUCUUCCCCACAAUUCCCCACCCAUUUCAUCUUAUUGUUUUUGUUGUUGUUGUUGUUGUUGUUUUAUUGGGAUUGGUUGGGAAGAAUUUACUGCAAUAAACUUUCCAUCCUUUCCAAAUCCUUUGAGAAGCGCUCUGCAGCGUCGUGGCGGCGGGUUUUGGGUGAGCAGGCAAUAAUAUGACUGUGCUUGUGCGUUCAGGGCUUACAGAAGGCAGUUUACCUCCAACAUCGUACCAGCACACACCCAGUGAUGGUGAAAGGUGUGUGUGGCAGUGUUCAAAAGUUGUAAAGGGGCAGGAAAAAUGAGGAAGAGGGAGGUAGACAAGAGUAGCAGCAGAUAUGCGUUAAGUCAUUAACACAAACAGCAUCAUUCUUUAACCUCAUUACGAGUCUGUUACUCAUUAUUUGUGUUUUAUUGUUGACUUUUUUAAUGUGGAUUCUCUGUGUAUUAAUUUGGUUUUUAUGAAUUUUUUUUUUGUUUUGUUUUGUAUAUUUUGCACAAGAGGAAAGGAACCAAAUGUUACGAAUAUGACCCCACUUAGUCGAUACAGUUUUGACAAGGGAAAUGCAAUAUACUUGUGUGUAUGUGAGAAAAGUUGUUUUGGGGUUGUUGUUUUUUUUUGCGUGUGACAUUGUGUUUCGCCUCCGGAUAACCAACUAAAACAAGCAAAGUCCUUCGUCUUGACUCCUCUAAUCCAUGCAAAAAGCUUCCAUCACAGUAUGUUUGUUUGGAUGUCAUAGAUUAUAUUCACAUUUAUAUUUUUUACAUUGGAUUGUAAUCUUGAAAUAUAGUCGUAUUUAAAAACAGAAAAUAGAAAAAAAAAAACAAGGAGGCACCCUUUGGAAUGAGUGAUGGUGCUGUUGUAUUGAAGAUUAAUGGUGUUUGGAUUUUUACAAUUUAUAGGUGUCCAUUAAAACUAUUUUAAAAAAAAUUGCAUGUCACAGGACAAAGUCUCCUUUACCCUCCUUUAAUCUGUGUUCUCCAUGUUCUCCUCCACUUUGACCACAUUGAAAUAGUCCCUACCAUGCUUUAAGUAAUUGUUUUUCAUUGUAUACACUGUGCAAAAUGUGUGCCUUUAUACUCCAAAUUAUUUAAUUUUAUAUUUUGUAAUUUUUUUUAAACAAAUGUAAAAGGUUAUUUUAAUAAUAGGGUAUUUACUUCAUUGUAUUUUCCACAUUUUUUGCUCACCCAACCCUACUCAGUCCUCCCCCACCUCAUCCCCUCUGUGUUUGGAUUUUUUUCUUGUCAUGCA